CACCGUUGUAGGAUUCGUAAACUCGCGCUCUGGACUCAGGUUGAAAUCAAUGAAUCCAGCUGCUUGCACGAGACAAUAUCAGCUUUACACGCACAGCACCGACACCAUGGCUGGGAAGAUCCAGACUCUUACUAUGGAGGAGAGGGAGCACCUUCUGCCCAUGAUGAGAAAUGCUCAGUGGGUGGAGGAGGUGGGGAGGGAUGCCAUUUACAAAGAGUUCCUCUUCAAAGACUUCAACCAGGCUUUUGGGUUCAUGUCCAGAGUAGCACUACAGGCUGAGAAAAUGGAUCAUCACCCUGAAUGGUUUAACGUGUAUAAUAAGGUUCAGAUCACCCUCAAUACUCAUGAAUGUGGAGGACUCUCACAGCGUGACAUCACCCUUGCAACCUUCAUAGAUCAGGCCUCUGUCCUCUGAAUGGACCCUCUCACUUGACAGCUCGUCAGUCGACCUCUGUAGCCUGUAAAACUGGACCAAAAAUAUUGUGAAACUUCAUUUACCACAGUUAUCACCAUAUCAGUUUUGACUGUGUGUAGUCUGCCUGUUACGCCUAAUAUUUUCCCAAAAAGUAUUAAUGGAACAGUCAGGAGAAAUUUCAUCUUUUAAAUUAUUUUACAUUCACAAUACAUGUACUACAGAUCAGAGAUGAGAAUUGCUAGCACACUAAACAGACUGGUCAAGCCCUAUUACCUUACUGUGUUUUAUGGCUUAGUGUUUUUUUU